AUGUCGCAAGAUCGUCCAAGAAGGAAUAGGAGAGCUAGCUCGAAGCUGCUGGAGAUCGUGAACUCCUCCUGCGACACGAGCUUGAAGCCUCGCCUCCUCAAACCCUCGUCCUCGUCCAGAAGAAGCAAGGUCCAAGAUCCUGCUGCUUCCCCUCAUCAUGGAACCAUGUUGACUCUGCUGCUGCAUCAGAUUUCCCAGUCGGCAGUCAAGGAAGUGAACGACCUUUGCCCAUGGUUGAGCGAAUACGUCGAUCUUGACAGAAAGUGGCUGAACCCGAUCUCAACAUCAAGACUCGGCAAGGAUGAGAACGAUUCUUUUGCUGGCAGUCUAGACGCAACCAAGCUCCCUGAGUGUGUCGGAUACUCCAAUUACUCUCCUCCGGGCGGGUUUGGUUGGGAGAAGCUACAGAGGGGAGGGGAUGCGGCGGAAAGCAACAUGAGGAGAAGGGUGGAAGACUUUGUAGAUACUGCUGUGCCAUGGCUCUGCGCAAGGAGACGCAGAAAGGAGGAGGAGGAGGAGGAGGAGGAGGCGGAGGAGGAGAAGGUCAGAGGAAGCAUCGACGCAAGCUCUCUACCCACUCCGCCUCCUAACGGAUCGUACGACCCUCCACAUCACCACCUCAGCCUGUGCGUCAACGAGGGGGGGAUGAACCAGCCGGACUUCGAGGAUGCAAUAGGGGAGGCGGUGGCGAUUAUUCAGAGCAUGUCGGAGAGCAGGGAGGUCAACCUGUUGUCAACAGCACCAGCAGACUUGAAGAAGAUGAUUGUGAUGAAGCCAGACAAGUUCUUCGAGAGGUUCAAACUGCCUCUCGGGCUGGACUCGCUUGCUAAACGGGUGACGAAGCUGUCGAAACAGUCGUCCAGGGCCUCUUCCCCCUUCACCCCCCGUCGACUCUUCGGGCAGCUGCUUUGCUCCUUGAGAUUCAUGUGCGAGCUGCUGGAGUUUUCGAACGAGGUCAGGGCAGAGGCAAGGGAAAUGCUUUUAAGGUUUCUCCGCCUUUCAGCCGUUCGGAUCCUUCCUGCUGCCAUUGACGGUCAAGCUCCUUUCGUUCACGGGCAGCAGUGGCUCGGGAGGAGGGUGCGAGUGCUGCAGGAGAAGGAGUUGAAGUUCACUUGGGGGGUGAUCGAUGACUAUGACGGGAGGGAAAGGUACCAUGUGAUAGACGACGAGGGGGUUGAGAACUGGUGGAUCUUGCCGUCGUUUGUGGUCGAUCUUUUCCCAGAGAGGAAGGAAGAAAUGGAGGAUGUCAAGGUUGUGAGCAGGGGAGAUGUUGUUCUCUGCACGUGGAGGAAGAUUGAAUCGAUCGAGAUCCUUCAUCAUGCGGAGGUCGUUGACGUGGAUUUCGCCAAGAAAGGGGUUCGGGUGAAGUUCUGCCACCUCCCACAGGACGCCUCCGAGUGGAUCGACAUGCAGACCGCCUCAGUCAUCCUUUCGCAACGGGUCGUCACAUGUUACAAGAAUGGGAGAGCGCUCUACAACGAAGAUUCAACCCCCAGGUCGAUCGCUAGAUAUCUCAACGCGUCAGAGGAGGAGCUGGUCUACCUCAACAGGGUGGAGAUUCCAGAGCUGCACGCGUGCUCGAAGCUGAAGCGAGGGACUCUUCUUGUACUGCCAGUGACGAGGGCGUCGGAGGUGGCAGAUAAGACAACCAGGCAGGGGGAGGAGGCGCAAGAGACUGCGAAUGGGGGGGACGACAGGGAGAGCGUGACUUUGAGUCCGCAAGAGAGGCGGGAGGUAGCUGGGAACCCGAACCUUAUGCGACAUGUCUCAAGGCGGACUGGUCAGCGGAGGCUGUGCUAUGGCUCUCUAGCAGUAAGGCAGGGAGCCUCCUCCUCUUUCCUCGGGGCUACGGUUGUUGUCGAUUGUUCGGAUGCUCGACACGUCGGCCGCGUCUGCGCUUUUCACCCUCCCAGCCAGCAGUACAGGAUCAAGCUCAACCCCUUGCUGGGAUGCCUCGAGGGGGAUGCUGAUGCUGGCGAGAUCUACACCAGCCUCCCGUGCGAGCACGUCAAGGUUGUGCGAACGAUCCUGGAGGAAUCAAGGUCUUGCGAGGCGAGAAGGGAGGAGCAGCGGACCAGUCGUACGAGACUGGCAGACGUGAAGUUGAAGGAGGAGCAGCCAAAGGAGGACGCUCGGCGGGGGAGCAAGAGGAAGGUGGAGGUGUUGGACUCCAGCUCCCUCCUGCUCCUCGACGGGAAACCUGAGGUCUGUGCCUCCUCUGUGCUCAGUAACCUGCCCGACGGACCCAAAGGCUCCCUGUUCCGUCCCAACCUGAGGUACAGGGAGGACGGGAGGCUAAAGGACAUGAUUCCGCUCUACGAUGAGGACCGGAACCUGUUCCUGACAGACGAUCGUCUGAUUGACUUGUUCGGGCACGUGCUCGGUGGUGAGCAGCAGCAGCAGGCACAGUUCUGGCAGGACCUGGAGGCAGAGCUGAGCGCUGGCGCUGGGCCAGUCAACGACUACACGACAAGAAGGACGACUGGGGUGAGUUCGGAGCAGCUGAGGAGGGGGAUCGGAGAGUCCUUUGCGAGGCUGAACAUGAAGGAGAAGUCGUCAGUCCUGGUGGACUUGCUGGGGGAGAUGGAUCACGCAGCUCAAGUGUCGGUCAUGAAGACUGUCAUCGAGCAUCAGGGGAGACGACCAGGCGGGAAGCGAUGGCACAGCUCCAUGGAGAGGGGAGGAGAUCAGAACAGUAGCCUUGUCAUACAGCUCCUCGACUUCUUCUUUCCCAAGGGCAAUGCUGAUGCCAUCCUUGACAGCGCGCUCGCCCGCCGCCAGCUCUCCUCGAGGAAGCAGCUCCAGACAGCUGCUGAGCAAGGCAGAGGGAAGAGAGCGAGGUCGGGCGAAGGCAGUGCCGUCGGCAGCACCAACACCAACAUCAGCAUCAACAGGCCCCUCGCGAAUCACGACGUGUCAAGUUACAGCGGUCAAGUAUCAGCACAGGACCAGCAGGAGCGCGUGCAGUAUGAUCGACCUCUUCCUCAUCACCCUCAUCAUCUUCUCAUGGCGCAUCCUCGGUCUCAACCUCUCCUCUAUCCGCCUGCUGGUUGGUCUGGUCGUGAUCAGCUCCUCAUGUACCAGUCGCAUCCUCUCGCGUUCAAUAGCUCUCCGAGCGUUCACUCCGGGUAUCCUUCGUGCUACUCCGGCCAGCUACCCCAGCAGGUCAGCUCAAUGCCGGUAGGAAACACCAUGAGGGGAUCAGCUUUUGUCACUCCUACACAGAAACCACCGUCCUCCGGCCAGCCAUCAAGCUUCAACGCCGCUAUUUCUUCUGCCGCUGCUGCAGACUGGACGGGCCUGCCUUUGCAGUCAACCAAGGGUUCAUAUCGGAACUUUUCUGCUGCUUCGAGCUCUUCCCAUGUGGCUACUAACCUCGGCGCUUUCAGCAGCAACCUCCUCCUUCAACAUGGCGCGCCCAAGGCAGCAGCUAAGGCACAGGAGACAGUGACGCCUCCUCGCUGGCCUCUGGAGGCCAGCACAGGGCCGAGCAGCGUGAAUCUGCAGGGACUCUCUUCCUACAGGGUCGCCAUGGCUGGCCCUGCUGGUCAAGCGCAUGCGAGCUCGGGGCAGAGCUGGGUGGAACCCAACUUGGAGAAGAGGGUUAAAGAAGCGAGCAGAGCAGGCGUCUCCUUCCUCUCAGACGCUCCUCCUGCUCAGUAUGGCCUAGUAGCUCCAACAGAUCCCGUACCAAUCCCACUCAGCCAUCCGCAUGCUCUAGAGCUGUACAAGCCUGUCACGACGCAGCCCUUGCCUCGGGAGUUGCAGGCGUCAUCGAUCUCAGGGGGCGAUGGGAACUGCCAAGGUGACUGGGGGGCUGACAUGACAAACGGGGGGCAACAAACGUGUAACAUCUUUGACAAUGAUGCCCCGACAAGGGGGUCCUGGUACGACGCUUUCCUUCCUCAGGAGGAACAAAAUGAACAAGUCUUCCCCUCGUGA